AUGGAUUUCUGCGGCUCAAAGACUGAGAUAUUGGCUGAGCACGAGAACUGUUUUCAAGAAGUUGUUCCUGAAUGCCCUAUGGGGAAAGUUGCUCCAAAUUUCCCUUGUCCCGGUCCACAAAGGCAUAGACUCAACUAUUAUGGGGAAUAUGAGACGACAUGUUGGAGUUUAAAUAAUCCCCUCUGCAGGCUUGGAGCCUUCAGCGAUCUUCGCUUUAGUAAGCACGUGGAAUUGCCGAACUUCAGUUUGAAUGUCCUUGACAAAACUCUCCUUAGUUUAUCAUAUGAAAACACCGAUGCAAUAAUCCAACUAGGCAACAUUAUCGACACACGUUAUGUGAAUACUGAAGCAGAAGUUGAAGAUUUGAUUGCGCAUUUGGCUCACGUUUUUAAUAAAACGUACAGAAAAGUCUGCCACGUGAUCGGUGACUUGGAUUCCGCAGUGGUAGUUGGACCACAAUGGAGACUUGUCGUUCUGGAUGGCUAUGAACAGUUAAUGGUCGAACCCAGAAAUACUGCUGAACCACCGACUCCAUAUAAUUCUGAAACCACUGGACAUGGUUUUUUAAUGCACUUCAACAUUAGGGAUCCCGAUGAUAAAAAAUGCUCGAUGCAUAUCACCGAGGCCACUAAGCCAGUUGGGUGGUCACGUGAACUCAUGACAGUGGGUGAGUUCAUGACAGUGGAGGAACGCGGUCAAGUGCCAAGAGUUCGACUGAUCAUGUCACAGCGGCAACUGAAGUGGCUCAACGCAACAAUUCAAGAGGCUCUGCAUUGCAACGAAAACAUUAUUGUUGCUUGCCAUGCACCGCUGCAUCCUUUGAUGGUUCAGGAUCGCUCAACGCUUGUGGCGAAUUGGAGGGAGAUUCUCAAACUCCUAAUGCAUUGUGGAGUGGUUCGCUGCUGUCUUAUGGGCCAGCCACUCAGCAUGGAUUACGAAAGUAACAAAUGCAAUCCAACGUAUCACCACGACCAUGGAAUACUUUAUUACACCCUUCCACCAGUCAAUGAUACUGCAGAGCGAAAUCGUCAGGUUUCAGCUCACAUUCUGAUUGAUCUGGGACGCGAUUUUGUGAGAAUUAGGGGUGAGAAGGUUGGCCUUCGUCCAGAACAUCAACAGUAUGGUGUAGUGCAUUCCUUUAGACCCCGAACAAAGGUUUCCUACAAGGAUCGGGACUACUCCUUUAAU